AUGGAUGCUCGCAUCGAUGAGGUACAAGCGGAUUGGGCAAUGUGUAGGAAGGCAGCGGUCGGGGGAACCACUACCUCCCGUGAGGUACCUAGGGUGGAGGUACCAAAGCCCAAGCCAUUCGAUGGGAAGAGAGAUGCGCGGGAAGUAGACAACUUUGUGUGGCACAUGGAGAGGUACUUCGAGGUGAUGGCACUCGAGGACGAGGCGACUAAGGUGCGGACCACAACACUUUACCUCACCGACACAGCAACUCUAUGGUGGCGAAGGAGGCAUGCAGACAUAGAAAGAGGUUGGGCCGCACAAGAACUACAACGUCGAGGCGUGCAAGAUCUUGCUUCGGCUAUAGCAGCAGCGGAGUCAUUGGUGGAGUUCAGGAGAGAAGAUAAUGCUAAGGCCAAGAAGAGCAAUGGAGAAAAUGGUGGGGGAGAGAAAGGUCCCAAGAAAUACCCUCCCAAGGAAGGAAGUAGUAAGGCUACUACAAGCAAGGAGGGUAAGGCCAAGUUUGACAAAAAGGAUAAGUUCACUCCAAGGGACAAGUGCUUCUUGUGUGACGGGCCACACUGGGCUAGGGAUUGCCCCAAGAGGAAAGCUCUCAAUGCCCUAUUGGAGAAGGGUGAAGAGGAAGCACACGUGGGGUCCCUACAACAACUGGGUGCUAUCAAGGCCAAGGCGACGGAGGUCAAGGCCACUACCUCUCAGAAGGGGCUUAUGUAUGUGGAGGUGCACAUCAACGGAAAGCCCUCGCGAGCUAUGAUCGACACAGGCGCCACACACAACUUUGUCUCAAUGGAGGAGGCAAAGAAGCUUGGACUAAAGGUGUCCAAGGAGGGAGGAUGGCUCAAGGCGGUUAACUCCCAAGCUCGUCCCAUUGAAUGUGUCGCUCGAGGGGUCGAGAUGAGCAUCGGGACGUGGAAAGGCACCGUAAACUUGUCGGUGGUGCCUAUGGAUGAUUUUCAAGUGGUAUUGGGUAUGGAGUUCUUAAGGAGGGUCAAAGCUAUACCCAUGCCAUUCAUCAGCACCGUGUGCAUCAUGGAAGAAGGUGCACCAUGCAUGGUCCCAACGGUGCAAGGGACCAAAGAAGGCCCCAAGCUACUCUCAGCCAUGCAGUUGGAGAAAGGGGUCAAGAAGGGAGAAGACACCUACCUUGCGACAUUGCUCGAGGAGAAGGAGAAUAGCCCUACGGAGGUGUUGCCCAAUCUAGUGGAGAAGGUCCUUGAGGAGUUCAAGGAUGUCAUGCCAACAGAGCUGCCAAAGAGACUUCCACCUAGGAGGAAGGUGGCUCAUGCGAUCGAGUUGGAGCCCGGUGCCAAGCCACCAGCCAUAGCACCUUAUCGAAUGUCGCCGUCAGAAUUGGAGGAGCUAAGGAAGCAGCUGAAGGACUUACUUGAUGCUGGACUUGGUGGGGCAAGGUACUUUACGAAGCUAGACUUGCGGUCGGGCUACUACCAAGUCCGCAUCGCUGAGGGAGAUGAAGCCAAGACCACAUGUGUGACACGGUAUGGCUCAUAUGAGUUCUUGGUUAUGCCCUUUGGCCUCACCAAUGCACCAGCCACAUUUUGCACAUUGAUGAACAAGGUCUUCCAUCCCUACCUCGACAAGUUCGUGGUGGUGUACUUAGACAACAUCGUGGUCUAUAGUCACACCCUAGAGGAACAUGUGCAACAUCUGAGGAUUGUCUUCGAAGUGCUGAAGGACAAUCAGUUAUAUGUUAAGAAGGAGAAAUGUUCUUUUGCCCAAGAGGAGGUGAUGUUCCUAGGGCAUAAAAUUGGGGGUGGAACACUAAGGAUGGACAAGAGUAAGGUGCGGGCUAUACAAGAGUGGGAGGCACCUACAAAGGUUAUCGAGCUAAGGUCUUUUCUUGGCCUGGUAAACUACUAUAGGCGGUUCAUUCAAGGGUAUUCAAAGAGGGCAGCUCCACUCACCGAUCUUUUAAAGAAGAACAAGGCAUGGGAAUGGUCAGACUCAUGCCAGGAUGCCUUUGAUGAUCUGAAGGAGGCCAUUAUGGAGGAACCAGUGCUUGCCCUGCCAGACUAUGGCAAGCCAUUCGAGGUGCAUACGGAUGCAUCCGACUUUACAAUUGGAGGGGUAUUGAUGCAAGAAAGACAUCCCAUUGCGUAUGAGAGCCGCAAGCUCAACGACACAGAGCGGCGUUACACCAUCCACGAGACAGAAAUGACCGCGGUGGUGCAUUGCCUAAGAACAUGGCGACACUCCUUGUUGGGGUCGAGGUUCGUGGUGAAGACGAACAAUGUUGCCACUAGCUACUUUCAGACCCAGAAGAAGCUAAGUCCCAAGCAGGCUAGAUGGCAAGACUUCUUGGUGGAAUUCGACUUCGUCUUCGAGUACAAGCCGGGCAAGACCAACGAGAUGGCUGAUGCGCUAAGUAGAAAGCCAGAGUUAGCUUCCCUUAGCCAACCGGAAGGAGAGCUCGUGGGCUUGAUCAAGGAAGGUCUACAACAUGACCCGGUGGCUAAGAGCUUACUUGCCCUUGCCAAAGAAGGCAAGACACGGAGGUUUUGA